AUGGGACUUUGUAAUAGUAAGAUAAAAGGGAGGAGGAUUAAAAGGUCAACAACUAAUGAUUUAUCAAACGACCAUGGUGAUGAUGUAGAAAAUCAUGUUUAUUCAUUUCCCCACGAUGAUGAAGAAUGUGAUAGAAUACAUUUACAACAUUUAAUAGAGAGAUAUAUUUGGCAAGGUAACUUUUUCUCUCCGAUUGAAAAUCUCCUUAAUCAAGCUGGAACAAAGGUUCUCGAUGUAGGAACAGGUAGUGGUGCUUGGUUGCUCGAAAUGGCAACUAAAUAUUCGAAAUCAGAAUUUAUCGGAAUUGAUAUUUCACAAAUGCAGCCUGAUGAAAAUAUACCUCCUAAUGCUAAAUUUAUUCAGGCAAACGUAUUAGAACGAUUACCUUUUAAUGAUAAUACGUUCGACUUUAUAUUUCAGCGAAUAUUAUUCGCUGGAAUUCCAAGAAAUAAAUGGUCAUCAACAAUUGAUGAGUUAGUUCGUGUAUUAAAACCUGGCGGCUAUUUAGAGUUGGCAGAAAACGACUUUCAAUAUAACAUGAUGGGACUUGCAACAAGAAAGAUUGUUGAUGGCUUAUUAAUUUUAUUUCACGAACGUGGUAUAGACCCAACAGUAUGUUAUAAGUUACAAAAUUAUUUGGAAGAAAAUAAACAACUACAUAAUGUUCAUUGUGAAGAAAAGAAAUAUGUGGAUGGGCAAUAUUCCACCAAAGUAUACAAAUUGCUUUUUGAUGAUUACUCAGCUGUCCUCACAAAUAUAAAACCCACACUUAUGAAUAUUAUCAAAGUUUCUUCUGAAGAAUAUGAUGGUUUAGUUAAUGAUAUGGGAAAAGAAGUAAUGGAAUCAGAGUGUUUUAAUAUGCACGUACGUGUUUAUGCUCAAAAAAAAGCUUAG